AUGAAGAGCUUGGGUAUUCUUGGUUUUAUUCUCCUAGUUUUCCAAGUCGCUGCCGACUUAGAAAAGGCUGGUGGCAAUAACGCUUUGCACAAAAGGGGUUGGAACAUUGCGAUAUUUGUCCUCUGUGAACACCAAAGAGGUGUCUUGAGAUGUCCUGGAAACAUGAGGCUGAAGAUACUACAGGCAAACUACGGCCGCACUGACCGAUUCAUUUGCCCUAAAGGUCCCAUCAGAACAACUAACUGCAUCUCGUCCUUCUCUUCGCGUCUGAUUCGCUAUGCCUGUGACGGCCGUAAUGCGUGCCUCCUGGAUGCAACGAACGGAGUGUUUGGUGAUCCGUGCGUUGGUACAUUUAAAUACAUUAAGAUUUUCUACAAAUGCGUUUAAAAUCUCAAACAUGAAAGGAGGCCCAACCAAUAGAUAUCUGAUUGAAAACGGCUAACUGGUUAAUGGAAAAUUAAGUAGAGUAAUCAAAACUAGAAAUAUAAGAAUCUAUACAUCGGAUGGCUUCUUAUCCAAAGGCUUAACCAUGCAUGUGACCAACAUGUUGUAACAC